CUUAUCGAGAACGGAUAUACUACUGUACAAUCUGUUGCUUUCUCUCCUAAAAAGGCCUUAUAUGAAAUCAAAGGAGUUUCAGAAUUGAAAGCAGAUAAGAUCCAAGCUGAAGCAACCGAAAUUCGAGUAAGAAGAGAAUAUUAUCUUUAUAUUACAACUGGAUCUCAAGAAUUGGACAAACUUCUUGGAGGAAAGGGUAUUGAAUCUGGAUCAAUUACGGAAAUAUUUGGUGAAUUUAGAACAGGAAAAAGUCAGACAUGUCAUACUCUUGCAGUUGCCUGUCAGCUUCCAGUAGAUGUGAGUGGUGCGGAAGGAAAAUGCAUUUACAUUGACACUAAAGAAGUCCUGGCAUAUAAAGAUCAUCAAAUGUGCCUGUUAAUUCAAGCUGCUGCUGUGAUGUUUGCACUUCUUAUCGUUGAUAGCGUUACAGAUUUGUACAGAACAGAUUAUUCAGGGAGGGGCGUGCUUGCAGCCCGGCAAAUGCAUCUGGCCAAGUUCUUACGUGGUCUUUUACGUUUGGCUGACGAAUAUGGCGUUGCGAUUGUCAUCACAAAUCAAGUCGUAGCAACCAUUGAUGGAGGUAUGCCAGGUGGUAGUUCGGACAAAAAGCCCAUCGGUGGAAAUAUUUUAGCUCACGCAUCAACCACAAGAUUAUAUUUACGAAAAGCAAAGGGUGAAAAUCGAAUUUGCAAAAUUUAUGACUCUCCUUGCCUUCCCGAGGGAGACGCUAGAUUUUCCAUUGGUAUUGGAGGUAUUGAAGAUCCA